AUGGUCUUUAGCAGUACUAACGUAUUUGGUUGGCCCCAACUGGUAAUAACAGUCAGAGCACGGAACUGCGUAGGUGGUGAUUCCCUACGGGGCUACGCCGUAGUAGCUCUGCCCACUACGGCGGGGGAGCGCGAAAUGUCGUCGCCUAUAAUCCGACCGCGCGCCGCUACGUUGCUAGGGGAGUGGCUCGCUUGGCUUACGGGCAGAUACCCCGAGCUGGCUGAGCCCAAGAUGCUAGCCAGCGGCAAGGAGAAUUACCUGUUAAGAACGGAAUCGUAUGGUAGCGUGGUUUUGAAGGUGUCGAUGGUGUCGAAAGACUUUCGCAAGCUUGGCUACGACAACGAGCCGCCCGUUUGCACAGGCCAAUGUAAAACUUCUACAAUG